CACGGGAUCCUCGACGUGUGCGCGCGCUAAACCCUCGUCCUUGACACAGAUAUUCCAGCACAGUCGAAGCGAGUUCCGUAGGCGUCCAAAUGCGUGGACUAAAGACAUGGUGGGUGGCGGGAUGGCGCGCGGACGGGUAGAAAGCAACGUUGCGACAGGUAGUCGAAGAAACAGGACCAGGCAGGCGGGGGCGGGAAGAGAUGCCAGCCAGCCAGCAGUCCAAUUGUAGCCGAGCGUCCUUGAGGGGGAGCUUUCUUCCUGCAGUCUAUUGGUGGAGCGCGCUGUCUUUUACGCGGGAUGGAAGGCAAAGCUCGGCGCGGUAGGAUGAAAAGAGCAUGGGCGGCUACUCUCCGCAACCCCCCACCCUUGCUCGCCUGCGAGCGUCUGGGUAACCCGGCGUGUCACGUGUUGUUUUGCUCUUCGCUGGGGCGAGUGGCGCGCGAGAAGUUCCUCGCCGCAUCCCCGGUCCGAGAACGAGGAGCGUGCGCAGCAGCGAACAGACGGAGGGACGGGGGAGCGCGCGCGAGCCGGGGCUGCGAGCAGGACGUGCGCGCAGGGACAGGUGCCGCGCGGCCCGGAGGCUUGGAGAGGCGGUCCUUGGACGAGCCGUCCCGGACCGGGGGGGAUGGCGAGUCCCCCUGCGGUGGAGCCUCCGGGCAGCCCCUUGGAUGGCCCCAACUUCAACAACAACAACAACCAGCAAGCGCAGGAGCAGCCGCCGCCGGGCGUGCGCAAGUGCGGCUACCUGCGCAAGCACAAGCAUGGCCACAAGCGCUUCUUCGUGCUUCGAGCCCCCAGCGACGGCGCUGCAGCCGAGGAAGCGUCGCCUCAGCCCGCCCGGCUGGAGUAUUACGAGAGCGAGAAGAAGUGGCGGAGUAAGUCGACGGCCCCCAAGCGGGCCAUCGCGCUCGACUCGUGUCUCCACAUCCACAAGCGGGCCGACGCCAAGCACAAGCACCUCAUCGCCCUUUACACGCGCGACGAGUACUUGGCCCUGGCUGCCGAAAGCGAGCCGGAGCAGGAGGCCUGGUACCAAGCGCUGACGGAACUGCUCCGCGAGAGCCAGGCCGCCGGGCAGGGCUCUCCUCGGCGUCAGCUGCAGCUGGCCUCUUGCGAGGACUUCACCGACGGGCAGCUGAGCGGCGGCGGCGGGCAGCCGUCCGGUGUCUCCGCCUACCGCGAGGUGUGGCAGGUGACGCUCAAGCCCAAGGGCCUCGGGCAGAGCCGCAACCUGACGGGCGUGCACCGGCUGUGCCUGGCGGCGCGCACCGUGGGACUGGUGCGCCUCAACUGCGAGCGGCCCUGCGUGACUCUGCAGCUCAUGAACAUUCGCCGCUGCGGCCACUCGGACAGCUUUUUCUUCAUGGAACUCGGGCGCUCGGCUUCGACGGGGCCCGGCGAGCUCUGGAUGCAGGCCGACGACUCGGUGGUGGCGCAAAACAUCCACGAGACCAUCUUGGAGGCCAUGAGGGCGCUGCGGGAGCUCGCGGAGUUCCGGCCGCGCAGCAAGAGCCAGUCUUCGUCGUCUUCCUCAUCGUCAGGCGGCGCCACCUCCGGCGCUGCUGCUGCUGCUGCUGCUGGCGGCUGUGGUGGAGGAGGAGGAUUAUCAGCGAUGUGUAGCCGGCCCAUCUCUGUUCCUGGCCGCCGACAUCACCACCACCCUCUGUCGGCACUGCCCCCUAGCCAGACUGGCCUCCUGCGCAGAUCGCGUACCGACACUUUGGUUGUGGCUGGAAACAGCAAUAGCCGGGCACGAACAGCGAGUGAGGGCGAUGGGUGCAGAAUUGGGUCAUCGGCUGGCAGCAGCCCCCUGAGCCCGGACCCUGGACGAACCCCACUCAGCCGCUCACACACUCUUGGGGCUGCCUGUUGCCGACUAGGGGGCCAAACCACAAUGCAGCCUGGUCGCUCCCUUGCCUUGGCGCACUCGCCCUCCCUGGUCUCAAAGUUGACUACUGAACCAGGCAUAUUCUGUCAGCGUCCUUCCAGUGGCAGUGCAUCCGGAUCCCCUAGCGAUCCUGCUAGCUUCAUGGCCUUUGAGGACUUGGGCUCCAGUCCAGCAGGGGAUCCUCGGACCUUCUCAUCUUCUUCAACAGCUAGUGUCCAUAGUGACACACCUGAGACUCCUCCUGGCCGGCAGCUGGAUGGCUACAUUGCUAUGGACCAGGGACACUUUUGCCAUUGGCCCCACUUAUGGGAGAGCACUGGAGGGGACAAGUUUCCCAGGAAGCGCACUUACUCCCUGACGACACCAGUGUACCAGCGGCCCAUGCCUGCUCCGCUCUCUUCAGCCUCUCUCGAUGAGUAUACGCUCAUGCAGGCUACCUUACCAACAGCAGAGGCCUCUUCAAGGGCAACCUAUACUCCUGAUCCCGAGGACUACUGUGAUGUGGACAUUGGCUCUGGGGGCACCAGCAGCAGUAGCAGCUCACACCUGGGUCGUAGUGGCGGUGGGGAAGAGGGCUACAUGCCCAUGGGCUCUGGAAUAGUAUCUGUCUUGCCAUUGCAAGGUGGUCCUGAUAGCGACAUGUCUAUGAGCCCUACCAGUGUGUCAGCUCCCCAGCAGAUUUUGCACCCUCACCCCCACAAGAUCAGUAGUGAGAACUCUCCAGAUGACAGUGGCUACAUGCGUAUGUGGGGUGCUGGUACUAGACUGUCUGGGGAGAGUCCUGAUGGGAGAUUGGCCAGCGGUGACUACAUGAACAUGUCCCCCUUGCUGCUGCCUCCUUUGCAUGGAUCUUCCACUUCUGCCUCACCUGUGCCCUCUCCCAGUGGCUUUGGUGCUGUGGGGCCUGGAGACCAGUCCAGCUAUGUCUGUUGCUCACUGUCCCAUCAUGUCUGCCGGAGCCAGCUAAACUCUCUGGGUGAGAAAAAGGACAGUGACCAGUACGUGUUUAUGAACUCACCAGCGGGGAGAUUACAUUCCACCCCCAAAGGGGAGUCGUUCCUUGCCAUCUGCAGCCGCACUAUGAUGUCUUCCCCCAUGCGCUACAGCCGAACUGAGAGCUGUCUCAGCCAGCGGGCAAGCAGUGGCCAGCCCAAUCACCUUUCCCUAGGGCUGUUGCUGCCAAGCAUGAAUGAGCAACCCAUUCCAAAUGAAUCACUAAGCCCCAGUGGAGAGCCCGCCAAGGUUGGAUAUCCAGUGGCUGGUGACAGCUCAGCCUCCUCAUUUGUCUCUGGCUUGAAUGGGCAGAACGGCUCCCUUAUCUCCACCUAUAUGAACCUCAACUUUGAUGGGUCACAAUCAGCAGCCAUAUCCAUGGGGUCCUUGGAAGAAGCGCUAAUGCCAGGGUCCUGCCCUAGCUCUGGGCAGCCUGACAAACCAUACCUAAAGAUAGAAAUGGAGGCUCCUUUCCUUUCCAGCCCAUCUUUUGAGGCAGGUGACUAUACUGAAAUAGCUUUUACAACCACGGUCAGCCCAGCCCAGCCCAUUUCACAGAAACCAGAAAAUUCUCAUAUAACCAGCCCUGUUGCUGGAUUGAAGCGGCUGACACUCUCUGGGGUUCAGUCAUUUAUCUUUGCCAGUCCUCCUCCUGAUCCCAAUUAUGGAGCCAAAGUCAUCCGUGCUGAUCCUCAGGGGCGUCGGAGGCACAGCUCAGAGACUUUUUCCUCCACUACCACAGUGACCCCUGUUUCACCUUCCUUUGCACACAAUCCCAAGCGGCACAAUUCUGCCUCGGUUGAAAAUGUGUCCCUGAGGAAAAAUGAAGGUUUGGUGGAGGAGCACAACAGCAGCCCCAUGUGCCGGGAGACCUCAGCUGGCUUCCAGAAUGGCCUCAACUAUAUUGCUGUUGAUGUCUUAGAUGGAGACUAUCUAGCAAAUGGUGACCAAGGCAAGCACAAAGUGAGGCACCCCCGCCAUAGAGGUGUCAAUGGUACUUACACCAGUAUAGACUUCCUGGCCUACAAUUUGAAAGAAGCAUCCUCAGUGAAAGGUCUACUGCUUCGUGAAAAAGAACUGCUAACAAACCAAGGGAGUGGAUCAGCACUUUCUGUGCUCUCCUCACUUGCUGGGGAAAGCAAGCUGCAGAGGCAGAUGCCACCUCUUCACCAUUGUACAAAAAGUGUAAGAGGAAUAAAGGGGGCAUCUAAAGAGUUGCAAUUGAAUGAAGAAACCAGUAUUACCACCAUGAAAGCUACUUGAUAGAUUUUUUUUAAAAAUCAAAUCUUAAGCUGCUUUAAGGUCUGCUGUAUUUCUUUCUGUUUGAUGUAGCUUUCAAAAUGGUUCUCAUUAUAUUGGAGGGGAAUCAUCUCAUCUCAUUUGCUGAGUUUGCAACACUAUGCUGCUGUUUGCAUAAACUGUGCUUUAAAACUUUGGACUGCUUCAAUGGUUUAAUGGAGUGUACACAGGGCCACUGUUUUUCCAGCACAGAUGAACUGUAUUUAUUCUUCAGCAUGCUAGGAGUUUGUGUUUGCAACUGCUAAAGCAGUAAAAUCUGGUAUUUUACUGGCACCCUUUCAAACCUCUACAGCACUACCUCAGUUAUAAGUGAAACUGGAUUUGUAUUGCUGGUGUAAUGGCUGGCAAUCUCUUUUAUAUCAGUGCUGAUUGUUGUAUAGUCAUCAGCCUUAAUUAUCAGAUCAAGAAAUCUGCUGCCGGCUGGUUGCUUCUUAGCCACUGGUUCCUCUUACUGAGUUAUCAGGCAAAGCCCAGGAUGGGAGCUGAAAGUCUAAGCCAAGAUGAAACUUUAUAGUUUAGACUUCUAUUAGAAUAAUUAUAAUGGUUCUGAAAUGAGUAACAGAAGCAACAAAACUUCUACAAUUAAAUUAUAUUGGGAUAUUCUUUAUUUCUUGACGUAGUUGUAUAAUUGUCUUGUUUAGCUUUUUCAGAAUGCAGAGACCUUUUUGCCUAAUUGCAUCUUACCCUGAUAUUAGCUGAAUUUCUUGACACCCAAACCAAAUCAUAGUAAAAAUGGAAGGGUAUUAGUGGGUAGUGCACAGAUUGAAAACUUUGUUUAGAACAGAAUACUACAUGUCAUUCGGUAAGGUCUAAUAUUUUCCUUCUACCAGGAAUGAAAUUUUCCAUAAAAAGGGCAUCCUAGAAUUUGGGGAGAGGGCAAAAACAAGUCGUUCUAGAAAUUCUCAACACGUACAUACAUAUUCAGAGUCAUAGCUGCUCUUCUAUAUAUAUAUAUAGAUAUAUAUCUAUAGAUGUAUCUAUAGAUAUCUAUCUAUCUAUCAUGCCCGCCUUUUAAAAAAAAGAGCGAUUGCAUGAUGCUGGAGUAUUUUUCAUCUUACUGCUUCUAAUAUGUAUUUGUUUGAAGAUACUUUUUUUAAAAUGUAAAAUUCUUUCAAGGGUACCUCCACCAAGCCUCAUCUGAUAGUCAUAAAGGGUUAUCAUAUGAGAUUAUUUUCUUGAGAAUUUUCUGUACUAAACAAUGAAUACAUGUCAUCAUAAACAAUGUGUUACUUGUUAAUUGAGGUAGACAAAGGUUCCAAUGUCUUAUUGCUCAAGUUAAAUGCAAGACAAAUUCAAACUGCUGCCUUGCUGAGCAUUGAGAUUGAGGAUUGUAUAACACAUAUCUGAAUGUAAUCUCCACCCACUUAGUCUUCUUUUGAAGACAUGGGAGGGGAGUUUCAUAAUGCACUUGUUGGUAAGAUGAUCAAAGUAUCAAAAAAACUUUCGGUCCUAUCUGUUCUCUUAAACACCCCACCUUGAAUAUAGCGAAGAUGAUUGCUUAUAAUGUUCUCCACUAAUGGGAAACAUUAAAUAUUGCAUUUGCUGAAACCAAAAUGUUAUUGCCACAAUAACAAAUCUAGUCAGACAGUAUCUGACAAGGGAGCUUGAAUAUAUACCAAGUUCUAUACUAUACAUUUCACAAAAGGCAUAUGCAACUAUUUAUGUUCUUAAUUUAGUUUACAAUAUGGAACCAAAAUGUAUAAAUGUUCAGUUUGCUAAAACUUUGCAAUGUGUACUGAUUGGGUCUUUGUACAUUUUGCCUAAUUUUACCUUACAUUUUAAAUAUUUUUUGCUAAGUAACACAAACAGUUAUAAGCAAUGUUUUCAUUUUGUAUACAUAAUUGCUUUUGGAUAUCAAGAUGUUAAAUAUAUUUCUUGUCAGUGUGAUAAACACAUAACUUACAUUGCUGUGUCUUCCAACGUACACUCUGUAUAUAGGAGUAACCAGUGAUGCUGCCAGGGAUUACGAGAGAUGAAUCGUGUAAUGUAUUUAGUCUUUAUUGACCCUGGCUGCUCUUCUUAAUAGGCAUAUGCAAUAAAAUAUGUUAUUUAUUAAAGGAAUAAAGUCUU